AUGCUUGGCCGGUUGCGCCGCUUGACCGCGACGCUUUACAUCUUUGCGCAGAGCUCGAUCCAACUGGCCAUGGGGGAACAGAUCCAAGCAAAUGCUGGUUCCUCAGAUCAGCGAAAGAUCAUUAUGCUGUAUCAGAUGUUGGAACUCAAGCUGCCUGUUCAACACAACAUGUUUUCCAACGGCUUGGAGGACACAUUCUGUCACCAGGUGAUUGACGCGCUGGUUUCCUCCCAGUUCCCGGCGCGAUCCACUACGUAUUCUGUCGAUUGGGCUAAUGGCGAGGCCCGCGGAUCAAGGAAACGACGUGGUCAUGGAUACCGCCCCGAUGCCUGUAUCAAGAAGCAUGGGCGACAAAUUGCGUUUCUGGAAGUCAAACCACCUGGUGACAGCCACACUGCCAAGGAGUAUCUGUGGGACUACUGGAACUUGGCGAACUACACCAAGGAUGCGAUCGACAUGUCGUUACAAGAAGGGUACCCUAUUGUGAAAGCGGCUGCUGUCCAACUCUUCAGUAAGCGAACGAAAAGAACAAAUGUAUGA